GCGCAUAAUAACCGAAGUUACAAGUUCCUGUUAGAAGUGUUCCUCGUGGUAUUUUAGCGAGAUGGUGCACAUGUACGCGUUGUUUGAGCAUGCGGCGGGCUACGCCCUGUUCCGCGUGAAGGAGAUGGAGGAGAUCGGCAUGACGAUACCGAGUGUGGAGGCGACGGUCACCGACAUCAGCAAGUUUAACUCGAUUGUGAAGCUCAUCGCGUUCUCUCCAUUCAAGAGCGGCACGAACGCGCUGGACAACAUGAACAGCGUGUCCGAAGGAGUGAUGCAUGAAGACCUGCACUUGUUCCUCGAGACGAACAUGCCGAAGCCGGGCGAGAAGAAGAGCGCGCCGCUAGCCGUCGGCGACGCCAAGCUGGGCGCGGCCUGUGCUCGCAGAGCGCUCGGCCUGCCGUGCACGUUCACGGGCAUCGCGCCCGAUCGAUUCCGCUGCAUCAGGUACAACUUCCACCACCUGGUGAAGGGCUUCACGAGGGAGACGGCGUCAAAGGCGCAGCUCGGACUCGGGCACAGCUACUCACGCGGCCGCGUGAAGUUUAACGUCAACCGCGUCGACAACAUGAUCAUACAGGCGAUCAGCCUCAUCGAUCAGCUCGACAAGGACAUCAACACCUUCUCCAUGCGCAUCAGAGAGUGGUACUCGUACCACUUCCCGGAGCUGGUGAAGAUCGUUAACGACAACUACCUGUACGCGAAGAUUGUGCGCUGCAUCAAGGACCGCAUGCAGCUUACCGACGACAUCGUUGCCAGCAUGGAGGAGAUCUUACAGGACAGCGCCAAGGCGCAGGCGAUCAUGGACGCGUCCAAGUCCUCCAUGGGCAUGGACAUCUCUCCGAUCGACUUGAUCAACAUCGAGAGGUUUGCGGGCCGCGUCAUCGCACUGGCUGAGUAUAGGCAGACGCUGCAGCAGUAUCUCAUCAGCAAGAUGGACGCCUGUGCUCCCAACCUCGCGGCCCUCAUCGGAGAGAUGGUGGGCGCACGUCUGAUCUCGCAUGCCGGCAGCCUGACGAACCUGGCAAAGUACCCGGCAUCCACCGUGCAGAUUCUCGGAGCGGAGAAGGCUCUAUUCCGUGCUUUGAAGACCAAAGGAAACACACCUAAGUACGGGCUGAUUUUCCAUUCCUCCUUCAUCGGUCGAGCUGGCGCCAAGAACAAAGGAAGGAUAUCCCGAUACCUAGCGAACAAGUGUUCCAUUGCAUCUAGGAUUGACUGCUUCUCUGAAAUUCCGACGACGGUUUACGGAGACAUGAUGAAGCAGCAGGUGGAAGACCGGCUCACGUUCUAUGAGACAGGCGAAGCGCCGCGGAAGAAUGUUGACGUCAUGCACGAGGCAGUGGGAAAGGCGACUGAGGUAGCCAAGAAGAUCGCCAAGAAGCGGAAGAAGAUGGCGAAGAAGCAACAGAAUGGCGUAGAUGCAGAGGAGCCGACGAAGAAGAAGGUCAAGAAGGAGAAGGGUGUGGACGUGUCGAUGAUGGACACCUCACAGGAGCAAGCCACACCCGCCAAGAAGAAGAAGAAGAAGAUGGGUGGAGAUUCCACGUUAGAUUCAUCUAAGUUGGAUGAGACCUUAUCGGCGAAGAAGAGCAUGAAGAAGAAGAAGAAGACGCUGGCUGCCUGACGUGGAGCAUUGUCAUUUUAUAGUACUGGUGUGCAAAGAAGAUAUGUUGAUUUUGGCAGGAGUACGUUAACUUAACAUUAGCAGUACACGGUGAUUGUACUUUUGGUGUACAUAAACUAUAGUAUUGAAGAGUAAUAUCAGCACGAUAUGCUGGCGAUGAACAGAUUUAAUACGCUGCAGGUGAAGUGUAAUUGUUAAAAUGUUCAGCUUGGUAAGCUAGAGCAAUUUCAUUCACUUGCUGUCUAGUAGUAUGUGCAAAUCCAUUUUAAAUAAAUUGUCAUCACAUGUAUUACUGAGUGUGACACAGCCACACAAGGUGGGAUUUUUUGAUUGAUGUGUGAAAUUUUUUCAUUUUAUGGAUAUUGAAAAUUAGAAGAGAAAUGUCAGCGAUAAAAUUAUCAAUAAUAAUGUGUCGGAAUCGUAUUUAGAUAAGCUAAAAAGAACCCUGCGGAACGUUGGGUCAUAUAUCGAAGGGUUUUACGAAAAGUGAAAAGUGACCAAGAUAAAGAAACCAAAUGUGCUCAGCGUUGUUGCAGUUGGCAUUUAAAUUUUAAUAAAAUCAUGAAAAGUCA